AUGAGUCACGCUGCUACUGAUUUGUGUGAUUCUAAAGCUGGUGCAGAGAUUUUGGACAUCAUUCGUAGAAAGGAGGACAAUGGAGCAAUAGGGCAGUUAGUAUCGUCAUCGCCACCAUAUUUUCCCGGUUUGCCUCCGAGCAGAGCAGCGAACCCAUUAGCCCAAGAUGCUCGCUUUCAAGAUGAGAAUAUUAAUCAACUCUCGCCUAACUCUCCUUUCCUUCAGACCAAUUCAUCAACCAGGUUUCCUUCUCCAUCUCCUUCAUCAUCUUCUUUCUUCUCUGUUUCUGUUUUUUUUUAUGGUAUGCUCAUUGCUAUGGCUUUCUCCUCCUCCAUCAUUCCAAUUACAGCAACUCUCUUACAUGGUGAUGGUAUCGGUCCUGAAAUCUCGGAAUCUGUCAAACAAGUGUUCAAUGUCGUUGAGGCUCCCAUUGAAUGGGAAGAACAUUAUAUGUGUACAUUAAAAGAUCCGAGGACAUAG